UUUUACACGUAACACAAUAAACAACUUAAACUUACGAUUAAAAUAAAUAAAAAUUUAUUUGAAAGUUAGAUUUUGAUAUUAUGUUUUUUUUAUAUAAAUUUGCAAAGACAUAGAAAGCCGGGUUUGUCACAAAUAGAUAGAAGAGUGUUAAGAUAAACUGGACGGGGAGUUUUUGGUGGGAGUUGAUUAUAUAAGGACGGAUACUUCUGACAAUUAAAAAAAAUGUGAUCAAUGGUACCUUAUUCAAUACCACAUUCGCUGAUAGGACUAUUUAAAAUUCGAAUCUUUGAAAGAAAAACAAGCCUAGUUACGUGUCCAAAACGUAGACGGCAUAUGGUCGUGACAGUACGUCUGGGGAUAUCACGAAAUUUAUAAAACCAAGGCUUACUCGGCACAGAGUUUUGUAGGCUAUAAUGUCGUCCUAUAGUUUUAGAAGUACGGGUCUACCUUGUUCCUCAUUAUGAAAUGUUUUGUGUUUGAUAAUGAAUGUCCAUCGGAUGUCAGACUGCCAACAUAUUUUCUCUCGUUAGUUUAAAGCGCCGGGAUCUGAGGUCGUAAAGCCACGGCUUUUUUCCCCCUUUUAUAAAUGUUUGUUCCGCUUUUCGUCCAGGCCAUAGUACCACUACCACUUUGAUAUCUUACUGGAUCUGCUACGCUCUAUUAACAUAUCUCCAUCCGUAAUUGAGUGUUUCACAGUUAUCUGUAUGGACGCCGGCAACGUUAAAAGUUAAACCAGCCAAAACUAAUGCAAUCAUAGUAGGUAGCUCUAGGUUGAUCUCCAAAUUGAACUGGCAUCUGUUGCCUAAGAUUAAUUUUGAUGGGACUGACAUCCCUUUUAGCGCAUCAAUAAAAAACUUUGGUAUAAUCAUUGAUAGUAGUUUGAGCUGGGAACUUCAAUUGCAGUGUAACAAGGGAAUGCAAUCUCGCGAGUUUAUGAAUAUCAAUACCGCUAGAUCUCGCGAGAUUGGCACUUUUGUGUGUUUACCUUUUUACUGUAAUAUUUAUUCAAAUCACAAUAUUUGAAUAAAUAAGGAAAAAAUAUAGUAAUUACACGUAUUAUGAAAUAAACGUUUAUUUAUACGGGUAUUUUGAUGCAAUUAUAUAUUUUUAUCUAAAACCUUUAAAUGAGCAAUUACUGUAUUAUAAUCUCGGAAACGGCUCCAACAAUUUUCAUAACAAUACAUUAAAGUAUAUGUAUUUAUGUAAGUGUAAUGUAUUUGUCAUCGUCUGGUGUCUAUUAUUAUGAUUAUGCUUUAAUUAAUCAUUUGGAAUUACCUACUCUAAGUUUACACCCCCGUUUCGUUACAAUUAACACUCCUCUCCUACCAAUGGUUUUCUGGUAGAAAUCGCUUUCAGCGAUAAGAGCGCCAUUUGUUAGACUUUGAUGUAUUGUUUUGUUUGAUAAGUUUAUGCAGAUGUCUGUGGUGUUGACAAUAAAAUGUUAUUAUUAUUGUUUUGUUAUAAUACAAUAUGAUACACACCCGACUGCAAGUCAUCGUAUGAUAAGUCAAGCAGUUAUGUUCAUCGACAUUGAAGCAUAAUUUAUUUAAUAAAAAGUUAAUAUAACUACGAUUUAGCCUUACAUAGCAAUUUGGAAUCUUAUUUUUAUUUAUUACAACGUUAUAUACAUUAUACAUUAAAGAAGAAAUAAAACUUCAACGGAAAGAGAAAUGAACUUUGUCCGUAUGAUUGAUUGCUUCAAUGGCCCAUUGAUCGCAGUAUAAUAUAGUAGAAGGCACAGGAUCAAAAAUUAUGCACUGGUGGAGUUUAAAGCAAGGAUUCUUGUAUUGGCGAUUCUGGUGAUUUUUCUCUCCGCACUUCUGGGACAUAGUGAAAUGCAAUCACUAGCGUGCAAUAACACAUAUUGGUUCAAACCUUUGUCCUGAGAUCAUAAAAAAAUAUUUCUGUGCUUUAGAACACAGCGUAAUUGUGUGCCGUGCCUGUGGUAUAAACGGCCUUACAGCUUUGAUAAUUUGAAAUUCAUUUUUCUUAGCUAAAAUACUAGCUUUUGCCCGCGACUUUUGCCCGCGACCCGUAGUGGAUAAGCGCCGCGGCCAGCAGUCGUUGCAGUUAAGCAACUUUCGCAAAGGUCGGUCACGGGAUGGGUGACAAAUUAGUAUCUAUUACCCUCCAAUCUGCAUUGGGCCAGUGUGGAAGGUCAUGGCCCAUCGUCCUUACCACCAUCUAUAACGAAGGCCUGAGCCCUUGCAGUAGGGAGUAAAAAGGGCUGAUGAUAAGAUAAUAUUUCUAUUUACAGUGCAACAUAUAUAUUCCAUUACAUAUAUGUAUAUGUCGUGGCCAUAUCGAUUUUAUGAUCUGGCAGGCCAUUUGAUCAUAUCAUUUAAGCGUCAACGUUAAAUGAUAUGUCAAUCCACGUUUGGUCAGAUCAUAAUAAGGGUGUCCAAAAAAGAAAUCUGAUUAUUUGCUGAAAUACCUUGUUUAUUCGUUAGAAUCAUGAUUUUGUGGUCUGAAAAAAAAAACAACCUCGUAAUUUAAUGCGAUCGCUACGCGACGCUUCGUGAUUGUGUAAAAUUUUUAACCUAUCACGUGACCUAAAGUAGUGAAUCAUAUAGGAUCUUAAGUUUAGUUCAUAACUCAAAAACUUUAAUAUUCUCCAAUAUAGGUAUUUUUAUCAUCCUCCGGAGCUAGGUCACAAUCCUGUCUUUAUCAUAACCUUCGAAAUAUCCAUAAAACUAUAUAAAUAGCCUUUGCUGCCUUUGCUGCACCUUCGCACUGCACCUACAUUUAUCUCACUGAAGUUAAUCAAGUAAUUAUUUUCUGUUGCUUAGUCACCCUACUUUCUUUAAUUUGUUUUAUAACCAAAAAAUGCGACAUCAGUGCCUCUUACUGAGACUUAGGUAACUAUUUUACGAUAUGAUCACUUACUCUUGGCCACAUCAUGAAGAAGUCAUACUAUCAGCCGCCCAUAUCGUUAAGCGCAAAUCACUAAUUGAUCUGGUCAGGCUACAUUAUGAUGUAGACAGCAAGAUUUUUCCAUUACAUGAAAUACAAACAUUCCCUGAAAUGUUUGGCCGCAUCAUGAAUUAGUCAAUUCUACGAUCUGGCCACGACAUUUAUACUUGGAAUCCUAUACUUAGGUGCUUACAUAAUAUGAAUAAUUAAAUGUAAUAAAAUAGGAUUUGUAAAAAUAAUUGCAAUUUCUUUAAUCUAAACUUGGAGCAACAUUUUAAUGUGUUUGAUUUAGGUACACAGGUAAACUUUCUAGGCAAAAAAAUCUGCGGUUUAGAAUUCAUUUAACGCCAUCUAGUUAAGUUCAUGAAAUAUAAAAAUAAAUUUUUCUUUCGUAAACAAACUUACUUCAAUUUGAACAUUUUUAUCCAUUAAAAUUUCAAAAAUGUAAUAUUUACUCAAAUACCUAUUUUCAUCGCUAUACAAUAAUAUUUUGUAAAUAAUAUUAGACAAAUCAGAUGGUAAACAAUGGUGGCUAUGGUAACAUUUAUGUUCCCCAUAAAAUCUAUUUUUCCCAUUUUAAGUGCUAGUUUUCGAGAUAAAAUAUAACCUUCCUAGGGUCAUAAACUAACCAAAUACCAAUUUUAAUCGACGUAGGCCCAUAAACAAAGAACGUUCAUACAAAAUUUUUCCCUCAUUUUCACCCCCUUAUUAAAUAAAAGAAUAUUAAAUGUCUCUAUAUAUAUAUAAAAAUAUUAAACAUGGUGAUAGUCUUAGAAAAUGAGAUUUUGUAUUUCCGAAAAUCGAUAAUUAUUAAAUCAAACAUUAUUGAUUGUUUAUUUGCAUUGGAUUAUCUCCGGAUAUAUUGGACCGAUUUAUAAAAGUCUUUCAAUAUGGGUGGGGACAUAGUACGCGGAGGAACAUAGGCUAUAUUUACGCAAGCCAAGUCGCGAGGAAACAGCUAAUUUGAUAGAAAUUUCUUAAUUACUCAAGAAGAAAUCCAUGAACAUUCCUACUUUCAUAAAAAAAAUAUACAUACUCGUUGAACAUAGAAAAUCCUACUAUCUGAUUUUGAAUGAAUGCAAAUUAAAAUACGUUAACAAAAGACUGCGUAUCUUUUGUUAACGUAUUUUAAUUAUUUAAUGAAAAGCGUAAUUUUUGGUUAUAAAAGGAAACUACUGAUUCGAUUUCGAUAAAAUUAAAUGGUACCUAGUCCAUUAAACUGUCGUAUAAAAAAGAAUUUUCGAAAAUCGGUCAACAAUUGGCGGAAAUAUCGAUGAACAUACAUAACAAAUAUACAUCGCCGUCGAACAUAUAACCACCUCCUUUUCGAUUUUGAGGAAGUCAAUGCUAUCAUUCGAUAAGACAAAAUAUUUUAAAUGUUCUUUCUUGUUAUCAACAGAAAUAUAAACCGCAAAAUACGAGCAGAAGAAUUGCUGCGUGUUUCUAAUUAUCCUGGUACAAUGGCUACUCGUGACCGUAGUCGGUUAUCAACUCCAGCUGCUCACAGUGAUUUACCUAUAGAUCCAUCACCGGUAAACCCUUCGAUUACAUCAUCUGAUAGACAACGAUCUUCUAGUCCUGUAAAGAGAAGUCUUCAAAGGAAGAUUUCAUUACUACUAGUCCUCAACAUUAUUGACAAAUUUUCAAGUUUAGUACCGCGGAUAGAGCGGCGAAGAAAGUGAGAAUUUAUAUACUAGUUUUCAUAAUAUCAAUGUUUUGAAAUAAUGUUUGAAACAUAAUAUAAAUCGCAGAUUCAAGAUGUUACAAGAAAAAUAUAUCAGGAGAGCACUGAAAGUGUUGGUAAUAGCGCGACCAAUGCUACACCGGGAGCUCGUGCGUAUUCUACAUUGAUCUAAUUUGGCUGUUUUACUAGCAGAAUCCGUCAGGCGAAAAUUUGAAAUGGAAGCAGCAAGGCGAUUACAAGAGCAACGUCGACGUUUGGAAAUGCGGCAUCGCGAUAAAUUAUUAAGAUCAAAGCCCGCAUGGCAUUUAGUAAAAUCAUGAAGAAGAUAUUUCUAUGAGACUACAGACACGACGAGAUGAAGAAAAAAUGAGACGAGAGGAGUUCCUUCAUGAAAUGGAAUUAAUGUAUGGGCGAGUUUAAGAGCAACCAAUGCUUUUCGAGAGAUAUUACGCUCCAAGACCGUAUUAAUUAUCUUCUGAAACUCUCCAAUUAUCACCAAGAAAAGGAAACAAAAAUCGUUGCACGAAAACUAAAAACUACCAUUACAAUAAUCCUACGAGAUCACGUAAAAUCUCUAUUAACGAUAUGGAGACCUUCAAUGGUGAUGUUUCAGAGUAAAUAAAAUUGAUGAUGAUUAACUGUGUUCCGAUUCGGAAGUAGCAAUAUAUAGUUUAGAUGUUGGUAAAGUAUAAAGGAAAUAUAAAGUGAAAGUAAUACAAAGAAAUAUUUUUAUUCUCAAUCCUCUAUGUUGUUUAGAAUCCAAUGGAGAAGAGGUGUUAUUCUAGCAUAUAGUCCUGGUCUUCCUUCACUACCACAGAACCUGUAUCCAUAACUAGUAACUCCAACAAGAAACCAGUUUGUAGUUUUAUUUAUUGUCAUUUGUUUGACUAGUGAUCCCCCUGAAUCACCCACACAGGUAUCUUUGCCAGCCACACCACCAGCGCAAAUAACAAAUGGUGCAGUUUUAUCAGUAAUUAUUGGCUGUUUAUUGCGACAAUCGCCUAUAGGCACAGCGCUUAUCGCCAGUUUCUGUUUUAUAUUUGCUUUGUUUUCUAUAACAAAAAGCAUAUCUACUCGUAACUUUGUAAAAUAUCAGAAAAGAAUUACUUAAAACCGGAUUGCUACCAUGUACCUUAUAUUAUAUGAGUGUUCGAUAUUUCGACGCUGUUGCCAGCCACGAUCACGAA